AUGAACGGAUUAGAAACAAAUUUAUCAUUAUGGGCAAUAUGUUCCAUAAUAUUAUUUGAAAUUUUAAUUCUUAUUUGUCUAUUUCGAUGUUGUUUUAAUCGUAUUAGACCAAAAAAAUUUUAUCUUAAACGAGAAGAAUAUGAAUAUUUACAAGGUAUUAAUAAUAAUAAACCAACAAAAUUUUCAUCAAUUAUUCUUCGUCCACCACAUGCUGAUGAAUUAGCACUUGUUGGUACUAUUCGAAGACCAAAUCCUAUUAUAACAUAUAAUAAAGGUAUACAAAAUCUUGGUUUUUAUUCAUAUGAUGAAGAUAAAAAAAUUCCACAAAUAUCAUCAUCAUCAUCAUCAUCAUCAUCAUCAUCUCAACAUUGGCUUAAUUUACAAUCACAAACAAUAAAUACAGCACAAUUACCACCAGCUGAUUAUGAAAUACAUUCCUAUCCGAUAGAUAAUUAUUCAUAUAGAUAUUCUCCUCUUCCUCGUCCAAUUAUUACAGAUUUUCGUCAAUAUCAUGAAGAUUAUAUUGUUGUUGAUGAUGAUGAUGAUGAUGAUCAUCAUCAAUUAGAAAAUUAUCGAUUUCAAUCUCUUCGUCGUCCUGAAAUAAUUCCUUCACAAGUACAUCGAAUUGAUACAUCAACUGAAUUUUAUGGUAUUAAUUAUUCAAAUAUUGUACCAAAAUCUAUUCUUAAAAGUACUGUAAGUUUAACACCACCAAAUGAUUUUCUUCCAACACAACAUUUACAAAUACAAGAUAGUUCAACAUCAUCAAAUUCUGAUGAAUCUUUACAAAAUUCAAUUGAAAAAAGAAUUUCAUUUGAAACAAUUUUACCAUCAACUGCACCAAUGUUAUCUAAUUUUCAAAUGAGAUUUGCUAGUAUUAAACAAUUAAAUGAUAUUGCAUGGGAAAUUCCAAGAGAAUUUCAAACUAUUACUCAUGAAAGUGAAAAAUUUCAUUCUAAUCAUGAACGAACUCCCUUCUCUUCUAUUAUCGAUUCUACAAUCUCUAUAUCACAACGACAUGAAAUGAAUCGUCUUCAUACUCAUUAUCUAUCAAAAAGUGAGAUCACACAACAACAAGCAUUUGAAUAUUAA